GUAAAUCCCGUCCUUGGGCGUCGCUCUCGGUCCGGUUUGGUCUCCUACUGCGCGAGUUCGCCCGCCGCCCGCGCGGAUCUUCGGCGAGCAGGGCCGCCGUCAUCCUGCUGUUUCCGCCGCAUCCUCACCGUGGAAAUAUGGCAGAGAGCCUGGAGACUCUGGAUGUACCAUUAGCCCAAAGUGAUAUGAAUGGAAGCGCCACUAUUCAGGAGGAAUCUUGUUCUAAUGAAAAUGAGUUGAAUGUAGAUGAUUAUGAUGCCAUAUGGGAUGAAAUAAAUAUUGGGCUUCAGGUCUUCAGAUAUGUUACUAAAUCUGUUAUGAAGGGAACUAUAAGUGCUGUAGAGCAAGAAGCAGCGCGGCAGAUUGUGUCCAAAGAUGCAGAGAUAGCGUUCUUGAAUGAAAAGCUGCGGCAAUUCAGAAAUAGUGGUUUGAGUUUAUGUGAGGGUCGAGAUAGAUUCCAUGAAGAAGUUUAUAGCCUUCGCCAACAACUUGACACCAUUUCUGAAUCACUCAUGAAUUCUGAGUGGGGACUUUCAGUAUCACACUAUAAUAACUUUGAUGGUGCGGAAGAUGUGAGUAAGCAUAGAGUGAAGGAAAAAUCCUCUAAAGAUGGAUUAACUAAGGAAGAUAGUUCUAAAGCCUCUAAUGAAGAUAUUUUUAUUGAUCCAAUAGUUCUGAAGCACAUGGAUAGGGAUGAUUUGAUAAUUCAUUUUAAUAAAAUGAUGAAUCAGAUGAAACGGCAGCAUGAUUCGGCUUUGCAAGAGAAGACAGAAGAGAUAUUCAGACUAAAGCGGGAGAACCUAAAAAAAGAAGGAACUACGCCCUGGCAUUUACGAAAUAACAAAGAAUUUGAGCUCAUGAGGAAGAAAAUCUGUGGAGUCAUUGCAAAAUUGGAUGAGGUCCUGAUGGAGAAUAAAAGAAUCAUUCGCAGCAAGACUGAUGUAUUUCCUGGUCAACAAGACAAGAUGAAGGUUGUAAAUUCUCAUAGCCAUCAGCUACAAUAUGCUCCAACUGACAAUGAAGAGGAUGAAACAUGUGCUACUCCAACUAAGAGUUCACAUUUCACAUUCACUGAGGCAGACUACAUAAAUCAAAUUAAGAGGCUAGAAUCUGAUAUUGAAGAUGCAAGCAUUGAAACCAUAAUUAGAGAAGAGAUGCAAAAGAUCUUAAUAACAGAGUUUAUUAGUGAAAUAAAAAUGGGAUUGCAUGGUUAUGAGAUGGAGUUUAAUAUGAAUCAAGAUAUCUGCUCAAUUAUUCAGAACGAGGCCAUGGCUGAAGCAAUUUCAAACUUUAAUUUGCUGUUAAGAAACAGUGAGGAAAAUAGGUCCGCUGAAACAUCAUCUCUGCAAAUUCAAGCGAUUGACAAAUUGAUACUCACAGUGGACUCCUUGGAUUUAGUGAUGAGGGAGGAGGAAUAUUUGUCACAGAUUGGAUUUGAAUCAAUGAAGGGUCAUAUGGAUUUACUAUUCCAUGAACUUGGUUCACUAAGAGGCAAAAUUGAAAAGCAAGAUUCCUACAUUUAUGAAAAGAGUAUGGAGUUUGAUGUCAUUGUUAACAGGUUGGAGCAAGCUCUGCAGCAUGUUCAUCAUGAUGAGAUUGCUCUGAAUGAGUUAAAUGAUAGAUUUAGGAUUGUGUCAGACUCUCAGAAGGAGUUAGAGCAACAAAAUAAAGUUUUGCAUGCCAUCAUUAAAGAAAAGGAGAAGACAUUUUCAUCAUUCAUUCCUAAAGAAUUGGAGUUUACAGAAUGCAUGAGAAGUGUUGUUGAAUCUAUGAGAUGUUUUGAAAAGUUCAUUACAGACCAGCAAACUACCAUUGCAAACAAAGUUCAGCACAAUGAAUCAAGGUUCAGUCUAUUGAAAGAGCAAUGUAAACUCAUUGCGAAAGAAGGCAAUACUUUUAAAAAGAAGGCCUUGAGAUACAAGGAAAUAUCUGAGACAAGAGGUUUCAAUCUUCAGAGAGCUGAGCUCGAGGUAGAUUUACUUGGUGACGAGGUUGAGGCAUUAACAGAUCUGCUUGCAAAAAUUUAUAUUGCACUUGACCACUAUUCUCCAGUCUUGCAGUACUACACUGGUGUGAUGGAGAUCUUAAAUAUGAUCAAGAAGCAUUUGAACAUGUCAAAGUAAAAUGCUUCAUAUUUAUAUCUGCGACUAUAGUGUUAGCAAAAGGCUUGACAGCUUGACGACAUGACUCUGCAUUUCUAGUGGUUUGAUACGGCUUUUGUAGAUGAUGCCCUUCUUUUGUUGCCGAAUCAAGGGUUAGGUGAUUCAAAAGUAGCUUGUUACCCAUUCUGGUAGUAGUUUUUGGUAGCCUUUCUGUACUUUGUAAAUGAGCCUUCAUUAGUUAGCGCUUGCAUACGGCUAUGGCCCUAUGGGUUGUGAUCUGCUGGUCUGCAAAACACAAAAUCUGAAAUAGUGUUCCACUUGAUGGACUAAGAAGUAUGUUAAUGGAGUCCGUGAAACCAAUCUAUCAUGUGGCUUGGCUUCCACAAUGAUAGAAGAUGUAUGGAUUUAUGUAUGAGAUUGACCAAGUGGUGUAUCUAUUGUAUGUCUUUUUGAGCAA